AUGAAUGAUGGACUGAAUUUGACUGAUGACCUCCAGGUCUUAUGUGAUAUGUAUCCGGAGCUCACACUCAAUGAGCAUACUGACUUGAAUAACGGUAAAACGGCUGAGUUGGUCUCUGGGGCUUUGGACUUCAAUAUUAACUUCCAAGAGAGUUUGAAAGUUAUAUUUGAGGACUACCAGCUCACUUUGGAAGGGCUGACAUCGAAUAAAUUGUUAUUCACCGUUGACCCACAGGGAUAUCCCAGUCUAAGAACAGGUGUCACACUGGAAAUUAGCUCACAAUGGAUGACGGAAGAUGACAUAAUGAAGAUUAUGGAUGCACUUGACAAGGAAUUUGGAGAUAUGACUGACCCUACAACUGAUAAAUUUGAUGCCUAUACUCCCAUUCUAAUGCUGGUAUUUACAUUUCUGCAGGAGGAUACUGCAUCCAUAUUGUUCCCUGACAAUGUCAAAAAUUGCUUAUCGAAGGAUGAAUACUCAAUAUAUGAGUCUAUGAAAGAAGAUUUCGAAAGGAUACAACACAAUAGCAACAACUUUGAUUGCUGCAUAUGUAUGGAGACCAAAAAAGGGAGGCAUAUGGUAGAACUCCCAUGUAAAAACACCGAUAGUAGACACUAUCUUUGUAAAGACUGUUUAAAAUCAUACUACUCGACAUUAAUUGAAGAGGGCAGUAUUGAGAAUAUUAGAUGCCCAGAAUGCCCAUAUAAGCCUAUCAAUUUAGAAAAAUAUACGGACUAUAAGAAAAUGAAGCAAUCUCUGUUCAUGCCACAGAUACCCUUUGAAUUUUUCCAGAAUAUCUUGAGCGAUGAAUUGUGCCAAAGGUAUAAAGAUUUGUUUUACACACAAGCAGCCACCAAAUUAUCAUCGCAUUGUCCUUUUGCUUGCAAAAUAUGCCCUAGAUGCGAUUAUUGGUGCAUCAAAGAAGAUUUAGAUGACUCCCUGAUUCAAUGCUCUAAAUGCAGCUUCGCAUUUUGUUUUAUAUGCUCUCACUCAUGGCACGGGUAUACAAAUCCUUGUGGUAAAGCAGAAAAGAUUGCUAACGAAAUAAUUGAGGAGUAUAUGGAAGACUCUACAACUAGAACCAGGAAGAAAGAACUGGAAACAAAGUAUGGUAAAAAACGAUUACAAUCAGAAUGUGAAGAAUACCUAGCGGAUAAAAUGCUUGAUCUUGCUAUCGAGGAAAAAGGUUCCAAUCUUCAACGUUGUCCCAGCUGUAGAUUGGUUAUAGAGAGAAGUGAAGGUUGUAACAAAAUGAGGUGUGCGGUAUGCCAUACAUUAUUUUGCUUUAUUUGCGGUUCGAUACUUGAUCCUGAUGAUCCUUAUUCGCAUUUCAGAGAGAUUAUAUACCCAUGUUAUGGUAGAUUAUUUGAAGGUAUGCCGGGAACAUAG